UUCAAAGAGUAACAAAACUAUUUAUAUUCUUUCAAAAACAAAAUGGGGAUCGUAGCAUUCCAAUGGGGAGAGGGAGAAAACACACUGACGCUGCUGCAGAACAGAGAGAACUGGCAAUUAAGGUCAAUAAGAAAGGCGGAAUGGGUUAAAACUGAAACUGACCAGAUAUUAAGUGGUCGUUGCCCAGAGACCGAUGGGACGUGGUUAGGUAUUUCUACUCGAGGCCGAGUCGCUUUUCUUGUGGAGGCAGGGACUAUUAACAGAGACAGAUUCAACGGCGCCGAGAGUCGUACUCUUGAGUUCUUAGAGAGCAACGAGAGUCCAGAGGACUUUGCAAAGUCAUCGGCUGCAGAUUACAUACGUAACAAGAACACAGCCGCCUUUCAUCUAAUUGUGGCCGACAUAGCUUCAAACUCAAUGCUUUAUAUCUCCAAACCGCGUUUCUCUGACUAUGGCAUUGUCUAUACAGAGCCUGUUGGUCCUGGUGUUCACACACUAUCUUCAGCUGGACUCGAUUCCGACGUUGGAUACAGGGACUUACGUAUGAGACACUCUUUUUGUGAGAUGAUUAACAGAGAACGACUACCACCAAUAAGGGACAUUGCUGAGAUUAUGUAUGAUCCAGUCAAAGCUUACGAAAGCGUGCUACUGAGCUCUAUUUUUUUCGUCGACAUGAAGAUUGGAUACGAACACUAUGGAACAAGAAUUACGACAGCAUUGGUUGUGAAACGCACCAAGGAAGUGUUGUUCUUUGAGAGGUACAGGGAGAUAUUUAAUGAUGAUUGGGACGACCACGACUUCGCGUUCACCAUCAUCUAGUUACAAGGAGCAUUCCCCAGCAUCCAAAUAUUAUUAUCUAUACUAAAUAAUCUUGUUGAUGCUGUAAUUAAUACAUCAUAAUCUUGCCGGUUCAAGGAAACUUAGAUGUCCUUGGCCACAUUAUAUCUAGCUCUAAAUUAAGAACAAGACUAGGGGUGAACCCCUUUAUUCACCUCAUUUUGCAUUAAUCAAUAAAAAU